AUGAAUAAACAACAAGACAAGGGAUGGAUGGAUGGAUGGAUGGUUAAAACGUUCCUUCUAGAGUUCUAUAGUGUUAUACUCAUCACAGAAACAUUCAAUCCACAUUGUUCUACUGGUCAGAUUCCUCUUCAUCUUCUUCAGGUUACACCUUUUUCUUUACCUUACAAUUCUCUUCCAUUACAUUUUCUGCAACCUCCUAACCAAAUUCGCUAUUUAACAGAACCUGCAUCUACUGCGGCAUCUUGUAGUGAAAACACCAAGGAGGAAAGCUCUUCGCUGCCUCCUGAAAUAACAAUCGGGAUUGACAUUGGCAUGUGGCCAUGUUGUAUUUCUGUGUGGAAUGAUUCCGAAGUGGAGCUUUGGAAUAAGAAAAUAAAUGAGAUGAUGAAGAGAUCUUGCGAAACUUCCAAAGAUCGUGACUGUUCUAUUGAAGCUAGUAGUACUGAAGUCUCACUCUCCCUAGAAAAUGAGAUUACAAUUUUAUACAUGAAAGACUUAUGUAGCACAAUUUUCGGUGAAAAUGCAAGUUUCCCAUUUCUGAUGCACACAGUGGAUAUUAAGGUUCGCCCUUUUGUUGCUGCAUUUGUGAACAAACUGUGGAAAUCCACUACUGCAGUAGAACUACUUGGAAAAUUUAUGAUAGAAUUAAGAUCAAUGGUUGAAAUUCAUCUGAAUAGACCUAUAAGCAAUGUAGUGUUUACAGUUCAAGUUUCAUUCAGGCAAUUGCAGCUAGACUGGAUACAUCACGCUUGUGCGAUGGCUGAUCUUAAAGUUAUCAGACUGAUGCCUCAACCAACAGCAGUGGCUUUGUCGUAUGUGGUUCAUCAACUGAAUUCUUCUGCUUCUGAUAAUGAAAGCAUGAAAAUUGCUCUCAUUUUCAAUAUGGAUGCAGGUUAUUGGGAUGUUUCUGUUAUUGAAGCAGAAAAAGGAAAAUUCCGAAAAAAAGCCUCGACAGGAAGUUCUAUUGGUGGAGAAGAUUUGCUUGGAAAUAUGAUGUCUUAUCUUUUACCUGAUUUUGAAGAGAUAUUCAAGAGACAUUGGAAUUCAGAAAUUAUAUUAAUGGCUUUUCUUCGAAGUAGAAUCCAUGACGUGAUUACUAAGCUUUCGUCUGAGACAAGUGUUGAGGUUGAUUUAGAUUUGGGAUAUGGUUUGAAGAUAUGCAAGGUUGUAACGCAGAAGGAGUUUGAGGAAGUUAACAAAGAGGUGUUUGAGAAGUGUGAAUGCCUAAUCAUCCAAUGCUUGCAAGAUGCGAAGAUAGAAGCCGAGGAUAUAAAUGAUGUGAUAAUUGUCGGUGGAUGUUGUAAUAUACCAAGGGUGAAGAAUCUUGUUACUAAAAUAUGCAAUGGAAAGGAAAUUUAUAAAGGUAUGAAUCCUUUGAAUGCUGUACUUUGUGGUGCAGCAGUGGCAGGAGCUGUUGAUGAUGCCAUUGGUAAAGUCAUGAUAUCCAAAAUAUAG